GAAAAAUCCAUCCUUUAUCCUCCAUCGCAGAAAUCCCUAACCACCCACAAUUACUGCAACAGGAUACAACCCAUUGAUAUAUCCCAUCCAGCAAUGGAUCCAACCUUCAAAUUCCCCGGCUCGCCAGGGACACCACUCUUCCAAGUAUCCCCAGAACGCGUCAACCAGCAGCGACCAUCGCAUUCCCACACCACGUCCUUCGACUCCUCCACCAGUCCAACAAACCAGAACAGACACACGCGCGAGAGUAGCAUAGUACAAGAUAAAGUCGCAGUCUUUAAUUCGUUGGCAUAUCAAGGGAAACAGCUGGAGAGGAAGACCAACGAUGCAGCGCUCAAGCGCGCGAUGCUGGGGCGCGAGGAGGCCGAGAGCGAGAUGCGGCGGUACAGAGAGGAGACACGUGGUUUAAGGCGUCAGGUUGAAGAGGGGAAGGAGAGAGAACGGAGGGUGGGGGAGAGGUUGGAGAAUGUUAUGGAAAACUAUGGCCGCGCGAAAGAAACCCACGCACAUACACAAGCACUGUGGGAAAAGGAGAUCCGAAGGGCUCGCAAAGAGUCCUUCAAAAGCCAGUCUGUGAUCGUCAAGAUACAAGAGGAGCUCAAGUCCUCGCGCAACCUGCUCAAGAUGGCGCAAGUGGAUCUAGAAGCAGAGAAAGAGCGCAGCGUGAAGCGCGAACAAGAAGCGUUCGCAGCACGGUACCAAUUAGUCGGCGUGCAAGAGGAACUCGCCCAGAUGCAAGAAACUAUCAAGCUCGUCGAGCAAGAACGCGAUGCCUUACGCACGAUCGCGAAGAACGAAGAGAUUGCGCGGAUCGCAGCAGAGGGACGAAUUCCAUUGCCUGUGCAGAAAGAAGAUGAUGAGUUUGCGAGCCCGAAGAAGGCGCGCAGAAGUUUGACUCCAGUGAUGAUUACGAGUUCCGCUACGGCAGAGGAGGAGCUCAACGAUUUGCGGCAGCAAGUUGAAUGGGAGAAGCAGCGAGCGGAACGGGCACAUGAACGUGUUGAGUUCCUAGAGAUGGAGUGCAAGCUUAACUGCUGUGCUUCCAAGAAGACCUCGCGUCCUUCUACAUCUGAUGGGAUUCCCAAGAUGAGAGCCCCGCCAAGCGCGGUCUUCAUCCCAGCAGAAGGUAUCUUCCGCACCGUUUCUCCAGCGCAGGAAGAAAGUCCCUGGAUCUCACCAGCAAAGAAGACACAGCCUAUCUUUGAGCGUCCUGCUCAAAGAGUGCCGGAACAGAGAUCUUAUGCAAGAACCCCGUCUUGCGAUCCGCCUGCGUAUGCAAUUCCUUCAGAAGCAAAUACGUCUCUCCUCUCUUUACUCGACGCACCACAAUCGCCAUCUCCAGCCUCCUCCCCCGUGGAACCCACCUACCCAGAAACCGAAAUCGAGAGCGAAAGCAACACAACGAUAAUCCAAACUACCUCGGAAGACACAACGACCACCAUCACAGGCGUAAUCCAGACCUUCCACACCGUGUCAACAACCACCCGCAUCCCACUCGCCAAGCCCGACGACCUGACACCUCCUACAACGCUCCCCUUACCAGCGAGCUUAGACCCAGCAUUGAGUCCAACGAUGAGCAGAGAGGAGGCAUUAGCUAUGAUCCGCGAGCGGAGAGGGCGGGCGAGGAGUCUGGCACAGGGGACACUGACGCCGAGAAAGCAGAUGGUGGAGGGUGGUGUGAGGAGGGAUAUUAGUGCGCCUGCUGUUAGAAGUGGAGGUGUUAGGGGGAGACAGGGGAGAAUUGUAUGAUGGGUCAUCAGCUGAGCGUGGUUUUGGAUCAGAACGCGGUGUGUGUGAGAGAAGGAGAGCAGAGUAGAGGUUUAUUCUUGAAGCGGCAUAUCAUAGCACCUGGCGUUCUUUCUGGAUGGCGGGUGUUCUGGUGCUUAUUGCUCUGUUUUGGCCAUCUUAUUGUAGUGUAAUUAUGUUAGAAUCAAUCUUUCCGUCGUGC